AUGAUUCAGAAAGUCAAUGAGAUGGGGUGGGAUGACGCGGAGGCUACUUUGAGCGUGGUGGCUUUGGAGGGGGGGGGCCUGGUGGGUAUGAUGGUCGGAGGUCUCGUUACUCGUAUCAUGGAUAUGGCUAUGGUUGUGAAUAUGGUUAUGGAUGCGAAUAUUGAUGCUUGUGCGAUGAGGGUAAAUCGCGAACGGAUGCAUUGA